UGUGUGUGGCCCAUGUGUUGCUCAUGUUGUGGGGACCUAGAUCAUUUUAUACAAUCACAUCAGAUGCUGUGUUGUUCAUCAGUCAUGUUUACAAAUCUUCACAGUUUUGGCUUUUACACAACCAGUUCUUAAAUGUGAAAUACUGGGGCGGCAUGUUUCAGACAUGUAGUUAACUUUCUGUUGUCCGGUGCUGUCGUGGUUUUGGACGUCAGUGAUGAGAAGCGUGAGCCCAGUCUGUUAUUGACAACAUGGAAGUGAGUGUUUGUUGUCACGGGCUCUUUAAAGCCCACCGAGCCUGGGCGAAAGUACUGGAGCUUUUUCAAGGCUUCCGAUUGGACGACGGGCUCGGUUUGUGGGCGCGUUGCUGCACCCGAUUGGCCGCGGUGUCUGUCGCUCACCGCCCCCCACCACUCUUGCUCGGAGCCGAGCGACGGUUUUUUACGAAAACACACCGACCGCAGACUGCGAACCAUUCCGGGCAGAGGGGCUGCGGGACCACCGCCGUGACAGCCGCGUUAUGGCGUUGCUAAAGUUGGACACCGGCGUUCGGCCUUGACGGGAGACGUUAGACGCGUGAAGUAGGUUUAACGGCAAUGCCCGCGGUAUCAGUAGUUAGAUAGAAACACACAUACAGAGAGAGCAGCAGCAGGAGGAGGGGGCCGAGGUGGACUCUCCCUCCCUCCCUCGGUUUGAGCCAGUCCGCCCGAUGGAGGCACACGGGACCCUCGCAGCGAGCUCCAGGCCCGGUAUGUCACCUGUGAGACGCGGCCGCCACCCCGCCGGAGGUCGUGGGUGAGGACGAGGAGGAGAAGCACCGCUCACAUCUGUCCUGAACUUUAGCCGACAACUUCUGCUCCGGAGCCCGUGUGCUACAAGAAAAAGUUCGCAGGUCAGCUCCAGCCAUGACCGUCAUAGAUAUCACUUAACCCGGAGGUCAGUCACCGCCUCAGGCAGCCGAGCACAGGUGAACCGCGCACUACUUUCACGGACUUUGACUUUUUCCUCUGCUUCAUAUUUCUCCAUCCGCGGCUCAUCCGGAUCCAGUCUUAUUGGAUUUUUUGGUUUUGUCAUCUUAUGUUUUUAUAAUUUUUAAAUCAAUCAUGUCACUCAAAGAGAAUCCCUGCCGGAAAUUUCAAGCCAACAUUUUCAACAAGAGUAAAUGCCAGAACUGCUUCAAGCCCAGAGAAUCCCAUCUGCUCAACGAUGAGGACUUCAAUCAGGCCAAACCCAUAUAUGGAGGAUGGUUGCUGCUGGCACCUGAGGGAACAAACUUUGACAAUCCCUUACACAGAUCUCGAAAAUGGCAGAGGAGGUUCUUCAUCCUCUACGAACAUGGCUUACUUCGCUAUGCUCUGGAUGAAAUGCCCAGCACUCUACCCCAGGGUACAAUCAAUAUGAACCAGUGCUGUGACGUCAUCAAUGGUGAGACGAGGACGGGCCAGAAGAACUCGCUGUGCAUCCUGACCUCUGAGAAAGAGCACUUCAUACGUGCGGAAUGUAAAGAGAUCAUCAAUGGGUGGCAGGAAGCUCUGACUGUGUACCCCAGGACCAACAAGCAGAACCAGAAGAAGAAACGAAAGGUCGAUCCCCCCACUCACCAGGGUGGAGUAACUCCAAGCCAGUGUUUUUCCACUGAAGACAUGAAUGGACACCCAUCUCUGUGUGACCUUACCUCCCAUUGUUCCCUCUCCUCCUCCUAUCCACUCCUCCCAACCCGAACUCCUACCCAGGAGCCUGGCCCGGCCAAGGUGACAGUGACCAGCAGCAGCAGCAGCGGGGGCAGCAUCUCGUGCCUGCCCAGCAGCAUUGCCAGUGCUGAGCGCGUCCCAAUGAGCCGUGCAACACUGUGGCAGGAGGACAGUCGCUGGAGCCGGGCCACCAUCCCCUGCAGCCGCAGUGCCUCCUGUCUCAGCCAGCUGAGCCAGAGCCAACGAGACUCCAGUAUCACCACUCAAGAUGAUGGUGGCACCGUGAGCACUGGACGCAAAGUACGUGUGGAGAGCGGCUACUUUUCCUUGGAAAAGACCAAGUCGGAGCCUUCUCCACAUUCUGCGCAGCACUCCCAGUCCCCACAUCCACCUCAGCACCUGCCCCUGUCCUCUUCGGCAUCAUCCUCCUCUUUAGGAGCUCCCUGUCCCAGGUACAACUCUGAGUCAGAACCUCAAUCUUCCCCCUGUCAACCCUCCCAAGACCCCCUCCCUUCUCCAGGUGCACUUGUCUCCCCCAGCUACUCCACCAUCAGUUCCUCCCAGAGCUCGCUGGACUCAGAUCCCAGCGUCACGUCGCCGACCUGGGAGGGAUGCGGUGGUGGUGUAGGGAGCACUAGUAACGUUGGUAACGGAGGAGGCAGAGUGGGCUGCUCUGGCAGGGAGUAUACAGCGUUGUCGGAUGUGCCACGGGCUCGCAGACUGAGCUACCGGGAAGCGUUCCGCUCAGAGAAAAAGCGUCAAGAGCUGAGGGCACGGACAAGGAGUCCUGGUAGAGAGGAGGUGGCCCGGCUGUUCGGGGAGGAGCGCAGGCGUCCACAAAUCAUCGGGCGGUUUGAGGAGGGUCAGCAUGUUGAGCAUAUGGACACGAGCAGCUCCAGUGAGCCCUCCUCUAACACCGCGCUAAUCCAGAGACAAGGUCGCAGCGAGAGACGCUGUCUGGCUAACAAACAUGAGAUUUCCCUGGAUGCAGGCAAAGACCGUUCAGCUCCCAGUUUGACCAGCCCCACUUUUUCCAACUUCAGAAGAGCGAAGUCACUGGACCGCAGAGUCACAGAGUCUUCAAUGACUCCAGAUCUGCUGAACUUCAAAAAAGGAUGGAUGACGAAGCUGUAUGAAGAUGGAAUGUGGAAGAAACACUGGUUUGUCCUAACAGACCAGAGUCUGAGGUACUACAAAGACUCGAUAGCUGAGGAGGCUUCUCAACUGGAUGGUGAGAUCGACCUUUCAACAUGUUACGAUGUCAAAGAGUUCCCGGUCCAGAGAAACUACGGCUUCCAAAUCCAAUGCAAAGAGGGAGCGUGCACCCUGUCAGCCAUGACCUCUGGAAUCCGUCGCAACUGGAUUCAGGCCAUUAUGAAGAAUGUGCGACCCACUAUUGCCCCCGACGUCACCCGGAAAAACAUCUCUCUGAAACUAUCCGUUCUGAAGCCCAGAUCCCUCCCCGAUGAGAAGAUUAAAGCCCAAGUGAUGUUGGAGCCAUGUCCGCAGGCCACCCCUGAGCCAAGCCCCGUUCGUGAGGCACCCAGGUCUGAUAUCCACAGACAGCCAGCUGGCAACAACGCCUCUAUCCCUCCCUCUGAGCUGCGGAAAAGCCGAGUUCGUGAACGCAGACCAGAGGGCCGCUCUAAGACUUAUGACUGGUCUGAGUUCAAGAUGGAGGAGACAGAAAAGCCUGUGAAGGAACGAGCUGACACUGUCGAUCUCAGCUCAUCGUUCUCCACAACAUCCUCUUAUUGCUCUCCCUCCUCUUCACCUUCCUCAUUAGCGUCCUCUCCUGUCUCUACCUCCUCCCUCCAAACCUCCUCGGUAUCAGGUGCUCACCCACCCUCUGUAACAGAAGAAGCAGAGAAGGGGAAUGUCAGGAGGGGCACCCCUCCACACAGCACUACUAGUGCAACCCACAUGCCAAAUACUGUUACUGUUACCAUGACUUCCACACUUAAUACAAUGCCAACAGCACAGCCAUCAACACCUGUAAGCCAAGAGCAAGGGAAAAUGGAAGUGGACCAUCCUACAGCCAUGCAUUCUGCUAGUGAGGAUAAGAAGGACAACAGUACCUCAGGUGUCCAUAAAGAGAUAGAGCAGCGAUGGCAUCAGGUGGAGACAACACCUUUGAGAGAAGAGAAGCAAGUGCCCAUCACCACAGCUGUAGCAAACUCUGCUAACUCUGAGAGGUUGCCGGCCCAUGAACUUGCUGCACUGCUAGACAAAGAGUUGGGACAGAAGCAGAAGGAGCUGGACCAACUACAGAAGCAGAACAAUAUUUUAAAAGAGCAGCUGGAGGAUGCGCUAGGGAGAGAACACAGUGCCAGAGAGGGCUAUGUACUGCAGAGUGCAACAUCCCCUUCCUCUUCACCGCACAGAGUGCCAUGGCAACGUUUGCACAAGCUUAAUCAAGAUUUGCAGGGUGAAUUGGAAGCCCAAAAGCGCAAACAGGACCUUGCUCAGCAACAGAUUAGGACAUUAAAGAGAAGCUACACUGAAGCUCAGGACGCUGUAGACCGCCAUGAGACUGAUAUUCAAGCUCUGCAGGGUAAACUAGCAUGUGCAAUGGCUGAAAUCUUGGCCAGUGAACAGGCUGUGGCCCGAAUGCGCAAUGAGCUCAAGUUGGAGCAGGAGCGUUCAAAGGAACAAGAAGUAGAAUAUGGAAAAAGUGAGGCCACCCUACGUGCCCAGCUGAAAGACAGUGAGGACAGACUCCGUGAAGUAGAGGCCUGCCUCUUAGAGAGGAACCAGGCCCUCAGACACCUCGAGCACCAGCAGGCCCUGCAACGAGACCACAUUCGAGAGGUACAGAGGUUGCAGGAGAGGCUGCAAGAGGUGACUGCUCGACUAAGUGCUACUGAGGAGGGCCAAGCUUUGAAGGAGGAGCGCCUGAGGAAGGAGCAGCAUAGCAUGCAAGAGAGUCAUGAGAGGGAAAGACAGAAUCUGUGCAGAAAAUUAACUCAGGCUGAAAUGGCCCAGAAAGAGUUGGAGGACAAUCUGCUUGAGGCUGAGCAGCAGGUAGAGGCUCUGUUGAGAGGGAGGCGAUCCUCCGCAGGCAAAGAAUGCAGUGAGGAAAUGUUAAAGUUACAAGAAGAACUGACUCAUAAGAUUGACAUGGUUGACUCAUUGAGGGAGAGUGUGCGGAGGCUAGAAGAAGAGAAGGGCCACCUAACUUGCCGUUGUCAGGAGCUUAUCAACCAGAUUGCAGAAGCUGACCGUGAGGUGAACAAGCUCCGCAAAUGUCUGGAAACUGAAGAGUCAGAGUACUACACACUGGAGCACUCAUAUGAUAGGGCUACCCAGGAGUUUCAGAAAAUGAGUCAGUUCCUUAGAGAAAAAGAGGAAGAGAUCCGGCAAACUAAGGAGAUGUAUGAAAGGCUAGUGGAACGCAAGGAAGAGGACCUAAAAGAGGCACUUGUUAAAAUGACAGUACUUGGCAGCAGCUUGGAGGAAACGGAACAGAAGUUGCAAGCAAAGGAGGAGCUUCUCUGUCAAAUGAGUCUGAGCCUCUUAGAAAAGGUUGAGCCCUGUAGUGCUGAAAAGGAUCUGCAAGCCAAGCUUGUGGUUGCAGAGGACCGUAUUGCAGAGCUUGAACAGCAUCUCAAUGCCCUGCAGUUGGGCUACGCUGACCUACAAAUGGAAAGACAACAAAUCCCAGCACAGAGCAAAAAGGGAAGAGUUAAAACAUCAGCCUCCAUAUCACCAAACACAGAACUUUUUCAUUCCUUUAACAAUACAUCCAAGUCAGAGAACGCCCCAGAUGAUCAGGAGUCUCUAGCCAAGAGAUCAAGGAUACGUUUUUCCAGUAUUCAGUGCCAAAAAUACAUAAGCUUAGAGGGCCUGGUCACUGGCCAAGCAAGUAGUGGUCAUGUGGGCAGUACUUUAGUGGAGGCAGGACAAAAAGAUGACCAAGAUGUAAAUGAAGACAUCGGUUUAACUGGAGGAAAUAUCUGCUCUGAUAUGCCACAUACUAGUGACCCAGAGAAGUUUAUCUCCAUCAUACAUGCCCUCGAAACUAAACUGCUUGCCACUGAGGAUAAGCUAAGAAACCUCACACAGAAUCUAGAAGAGCAGCAAUCCACCCAAGCAGACGAGAUGUCCCAGAUUGAUCAACAGAUGACAGAAACGGACCAUCACCCAGAGAAAGAGUUGAGUUGUGGGAUAAAGAGUAGUUGUCUUGCCAAUAAGCAUUAUGCCAAGGCCCUGCUGUGCGUGGAAAACAGUCGAGAGAAAGUCAGGUCUAUUCUCAGUGGUUCUUAUAAUACAACUGGUUCACAGCUGCAUUCAUUGUCAGAGAUAGAGAGCGAUUUGUUCAAUGCAUCACUGUACAUCCAACAAGGACAAAAGACGUUGGAAGAACAAACACCAGCUGUCCAUCAGAAUCAAACCCCAGAGACUCGAGAUAGAGAAGCUCUGCAGCUCUUUGCCAAAACCUUGUCUUUUGAGGCUGUAGUUUUGAAUAAAAUGGCUUUAUUGAUACAAACGUCGAAGUCUGACAUUCUACAUGCUCUUGCAGAGAUAUGGGAAGACAUCGACAACAUUAAAAAGAGUGACAAAGAUUGCUUGGCAAUAGUUUAUGCUGAUGUCUUGACCAGGAAGCUGAUGUUAGAGAGUGCGUUCUGGAAAGAAUUGGACAAAACUGAGGAAGAUGUUGCAAAAUGCAAAGAGGGCAGUGUGUCAGCUAGUGUAGAUGAUCCCACAGUCUUUAACACCUUCAUUAAAGCAGAACUAGCCUACUCUAUUCAAAACCUUAAGCUUUGCUAUGAAGACAAAUUCAAAAUACUGAAAAGGGAGUUGACUGAAGCGCAUACUAACCUAAAUCAAAGGGAAAUGGCUCUGAAAGCAAUUAUCGAAGCUUCCAAAAGGCCGGAUUUGAAAAAUGUAAUAAAGGAGGUCAAAAAAAACUUUGGCUUUAAUAAACAAAAGUUAGCUGAUGUUCAACCCCCUGAACUUGCUCCUUACAUGGAGCAGAUUGAAAUGGAAGCAGCGCGAGACUUGGCUGAGAAAAUUGUAGACAGACACUUGGCUGAAGAAAUGCCCUCUUGUGGUGUUGACUCUAUUGAUAUGCUGCAAAAUGCACAUGACAAUCUGGCCAAUGAGCUUCAGCGACAAGCAGCAAUUCUCCAUAAGUAUGCUCAAGAGAUAGAAGAUGGUGAAAACCAUCCAGGGCUGGCUAAAAUGAUCUGGGCUCUUUUUGGGCACCAAACUUCACAGAAUUUCUCUAGUACCUCUCUUUGUAUGCGUGAAGCCCUUAUUCAGGCUCAGGUGGCUUAUGUGGCAUGUAGGCUACGGGCAAUGCAUGAACAAGACUUGGGUUGGUGCAAACAGACAGGUCAGAACAUGGAUGCUCUUGUCCAGCAGCAUGCCCACAAUGUCACUGCAAUCCAGGAAAAAUUUGAAGCAUCCUUACAGGAGGAGCGCUUGAGUUUCACGCAGACAGUGGCCACUCUAGAAAUGGAGAACCAAAGCCUGAGGAGUGAGAUAAGCAAACGUGUGAAUCAGCUCUCCCAGCAGCAGGAGCAACUGGCCCUCCUGGAGGAACACUACCGGCAGGACACUGAACAGCUGAAUCAGAUGCACAAGAAAGAGCUACAGCAAGCAGAGCAAGGCCAUGCUUCUACAGAGCUGGCCCUCAUUGAGACAUUGGCCGACAGCCAACGAAAGUUAGAGGUUCUGCUAGUGGACAUGGACACCAUGAAGGAGCAGCACCAGGAUCAUGUGAAGAAACUGGAGGAGCAGUUUGAACAGAGGAUCUGUGAGCUCCAGCACAUCCACACAGAGGAGAUUGAAAAGUUACAUUCCCAGUAUGUGGAAAAUAUUCAGUGUGUCAAAGAGCACCUGAAGGUCAAAAAAGGUUCUGAGGUUUCGCACUCGCUACCGUGUGAUGAGGCCAUAAUACCAAUGGAAGAGGAGGAGCAGGGGAAGGGGGAAGAUGCUCAAAAUAUGUCUGAGGUGGACUCAAUGGUGGUUCUCAAGGACCGGAUCCAGGAGCUGGAGACUCAGAUGAACACCAUGAGGGACGAACUGGAGAACAAGCACCUCGAAGGAGAUGUGGCCAGCCUGAGAGAGAAAUACCAGAGAGACUUUGAAAGUCUUAAGGCCACGUGUGAACGUGGGUUUGCUGCAAUGGAAGACACCCACCACAAGGUGAUAGAAGACCUCCAGAGGCAGCACCAGAGGGAGAUCUCCAAACUCAUGGAAGAGCGGGAGAGACUCUUGGCUGAGGAAACUGCUGCGACAAUUGCUGCUAUUGAAGCUAUGAAAAAUGCACACAAGGAGGAACUGGAGAAGACCCAGCGCUCCCAACUGAGUGGACUGAACUCUGACAUUGAUGAGCUCCGCUUACAAUACCAGGAGGAGCUGCAGUCCAUCCAGAGAGAGCUGGAGGUGUUGUCCGAGCAGUACUCUCAGAAGUGUCUGGAGAAUGCUCACCUGGCCCAGGCGCUGGAGGCCGAGAGGCAGGCCCUCAGGCAGUGUCAGAGAGAGAACCAGGAGCUAAAUGCUCACAACCAGGAGUUGAAUAAUCGCCUGAGUGCAGAGAUCAUCCGGAUGCGCUCCUGUUUCAGUGGUGAAAUGGCACUGUCCCCGCUUACCCAAGGCAAAGAUGUAUAUGAACUAGAGGUGUUGCUUCGUAUAAAGGAGUCAGAGAUCCAGUACCUUAAACAGGAAAUCCACUCUUUGAAAGAUGAACUGCAGUCUGCUCUAAGGGACAAGAAAUAUGCCACAGACAAAUAUAAGGACAUCUAUACAGAGCUCAGCAUAGUGAAAGCAAAGGCUGACUGUGACAUCAGCAAACUGAAGGAGAAACUGCUCAUUGCCACUGAAGCUUUAGGCGAGAGGACCGUCGAUGGAUCGGUCACAUCUGGAUACGAUAUCAUGAAAUCAAAGAGUAAUCCAGAUUUCAUAAAAAAAGAAAAAUCAACAACCUCCAGGCAACUGAGAGGCAUAAGGUCAAAGAGCCUGAAAGAGGGACUCAGUGUGCAGGAGCGCAUGAAGCUUUUUGAGGCAAAAGAUUCCAAAAAGAUUUGAACAUCAAGAAUCUGAAGUUUCUGUUCUCUUCCCUUGUCUUGGUUUCUGGUCCUCAUAAAGAGCAGCAUCAGCUGAAGACUCUCAUAGGAAAUAGAAACAGUUCUUCACAAAGGUCGAUUCUGAACAUGGACCUGCUGCUUCCAUGCCUCUGAUAAGUUGUCAUUAGUUUGAUUGAUCUUUUUUU